CGGACGUUCGUCGUCCCCGUGUGUCAAAACCGGAAAAAAUAGAAAGAAAAAAAACAGUCACGGUAGGUUUCACAGGCAAAGUGAAGCGAGCGAGCUGAUGGCGGCGGAUCGACCCGCGGAGCUUCACUGACUCUCAGUCUCGCACACAAAUGGAGGAAAGGACCGUCGUCAGAUAAUCGGAGCUUCAGCCUCCAGACUGCUGAGAAACCCGAGCCGAGUCAUAUGAGAUGUGAAAAGACUCGAGUGACGACGUCGUGGCCGAGGACUCCCCUCCAUCAUUCUGUCUCAUCCUGCUCGUCUGCCCCCUCACCUUCACCCCCCCGGGCUCUGCUGUCCAGCCCCAGGCAGAGCGCCACCCGUCCCCCUCUCCCCCACCCCCCCCCCCCCCCCCCCCCCCCCCAGCAUCGGCGGCCCGCCCCAGCGGCGUGUUGGUGUACGAUGGCGCGGUGGGACGCUGAGGGCUGCCGCGGGGGACUGUGAUGUCAGAGCCCGACAGCCCGGGCGAGAGCCGGCGCGGCGCUCCCAGAUUCUUCGUGGGCUGCGAGGACGAUGAGAGCGAGGCCCUGGAGGACAGCAUGAGGACGGACAUGGAGCUGUACGAGGACGACGAGGACACGGACUCGCCCGUGGAGCAACAGAUCGUGGUGGGGAUCUGCUGCAUGAUGAAGAAGUCCAAGUCCAAGCCCAUGACCCAGAUCCUGGAGAGACUGUGCAGGUUCGAGUACAUCACUGUGGUCAUCUUCCCCGAGGACGUCAUCCUCAACGAGGCCGUGGACAAGUGGCCUCUGUGCGACUGCCUCAUCUCAUUCCACUCCAAAGGCUUCCCACUGGACAAGGCAGUGAGCUACGCCAAACUGAGAAACCCUCUGCUCAUCAACGACCUGAACAUGCAGUACUACAUACAGGACAGGAGAGAGGUGUAUCGCAUCCUGCAGGAGGAAGGGAUUGAUCUGCCUCGCUAUGCCGUGCUGAACCGUGACCCAGACAAACCAGAAGAGUGUAACCUGGUGGAAGGCGAGGACCACGUGGAGGUGAACGGAGAGAUCUUCCAGAAGCCUUUUGUGGAGAAGCCCGUCUGUGCUGAGGAUCACAACGUCUACAUCUACUACCCGACCUCUGCCGGCGGCGGCAGCCAGCGCCUCUUCAGAAAGAUCGGGAGUCGGAGCAGCGUUUACUCACCGGAGAGCAGCGUGAGGAAGACGGGCUCCUACAUCUACGAAGAGUUCAUGCCAACAGACGGCACUGAUGUUAAGGUGUACACGGUGGGACCGGACUACGCUCAUGCUGAGGCCCGGAAGUCGCCCGCUCUGGACGGGAAGGUGGAGAGAGACAGCGAGGGCAAAGAGGUCCGCUACCCUGUCAUGCUCUCGGCCAUGGAGAAGCUGGUGGCCCGCAAGGUUUGCCUCGCGUUCCAGCAAACAGUCUGCGGCUUCGACCUCCUCCGAGCCAACGGUCACUCCUACGUGUGCGACGUCAACGGUUUCAGUUUUGUGAAGAACUCCAUGAAGUACUACGACGACUGUGCCAAAAUCCUCGGGAACAUUGUGAUGCGCGAGCUGGCUCCUCAGUUUCAGAUCCCUUGGUCCAUCCCCACUGAGGCGGAGGACAUUCCCAUCGUUCCCACCACUUCAGGGACUAUGAUGGAACUGCGCUGCGUCAUCGCCAUCAUCCGACACGGAGACCGAACGCCCAAACAGAAGAUGAAGAUGGAAGUCCGCAACCCCAUGUUCUUCGAUCUCUUUGAAAAAUAUGGAGGAUACAAAACAGGGAAACUAAAGCUCAAGAAGCCAAAACAACUGCAGGAAGUGCUGGACAUCACGCGGCAGCUGCUGGCAGAACUCGGGCAGCACAACGACUGCGAGAUAGAAGAGAAGAAGUCCAAACUGGAGCAGCUGAAGACCGUUCUGGAAAUGUAUGGCCACUUCUCUGGGAUCAACAGAAAAGUGCAGCUGACCUACCUGCCCCAUGGGCAGCCCAAAACCUCCAGCGAGGAAGAAGACACGCGCAAGGAAGGUCCGUCCCUGCUGCUGGUACUGAAGUGGGGCGGGGAGCUGACUCCUGCCGGCCGAGUGCAGGCCGAGGAGCUGGGGCGGGCGUUCCGCUGCAUGUACCCUGGAGGACAAGGAGACUACGCCGGGUUCCCAGGCUGCGGGUUACUACGGUUACACAGCACCUACAGACACGACCUGAAGAUCUACGCGUCCGAUGAGGGAAGGGUGCAGAUGACGGCCGCGGCUUUCGCAAAGGGUUUGCUGGCGCUGGAGGGCGAGCUGACGCCCAUCCUGGUGCAGAUGGUGAAGAGCGCCAACAUGAACGGGCUGCUGGACAACGACAGCGACUCGCUGAGCAGCUGCCAGCACCGCGUCAAGGCCCGACUCCACGAGAUCCUGCAGAAGGACCGCGACUUCAUCGACGAGGACUACGACAGGCUGGCCCCGACCAGCAGUGACUCUCUGGUGAAUUCCAUGAAGAUAAUCCAGAACCCGGUGGCCACGUGCGACCGCGUCUACGCCCUCAUUCAGAGCCUCACGUCUCAGAUCCGCAAAAGAAUGGAGGACCCCAAGUCCGCUGACUUGCAGCUGUACCACAGCGAGACACUGGAGCUGAUGCUGCAGCGCUGGUCCAAACUGGAGAGAGACUUCCGCAUGAAGAACGGCCGCUACGACAUCAGCAAGAUACCCGACAUUUAUGACUGCGUGAAGUACGACGUGAUCCACAACGCCACGCUGGGCCUGGAGGACACGCUGGAGCUGUUCAGGCUGUCACGAGCUCUGGCCGACAUCGUCAUCCCACAGGAAUAUGGCAUCAAUCGAGUGGAGAAGUUGGAUAUAGCGUACGCCUACUGCCUCCCUCUGGUCCGGAAGAUCCAGCUCGACCUGCAGAGGACACACGAGGACGAGUCUGUCAACAAACUACAUCCUCUCUACUCCCGUGGAGUGAUGUCACCCGGGCGCCACGUCAGGACGCGUCUGUAUUUCACCAGCGAGAGUCACGUCCACUCGCUGCUCAGCAUCUUCCGCUACGGAGGCCUGCUUGACGAGGAGAAGGACCAGCAGUGGAAACGUGCCAUGGAUUACCUCAGUGCCGUCUCUGAACUCAACUACAUGACCCAGAUUGUCAUCAUGCUGUAUGAGGACAACAAUAAGGAGCUGACGUCUGAGGAACGCUUCCACGUGGAGCUGCACUUCAGCCCCGGGGUCAAAGGCGUGGAGGAGGAGGAGAACGCACCCACUGGCUUCGGCUUCAGGCCGGCGUCCGCAGAGAACGGGCAGAAGCAGACGGACCCCGGCAGCAUGGAGGACCUGUCGCGGGACGAGACGGACCGGGCAGUGCCGCUGUCUGAGCCGAUCACCAUCCAGAGGAGGUCGCCGCUCAUACGCAACCACAAGACUGGUUCCAUGGAGGUCCUGUCGGAGACGUCGUCCUCCAAAGUGGGCAGCUACCGCCUCUUCUCGUUCUGCUCUCGUCAGUCCCCCGAGAUGAAACAAAGUGGAUUAGGCUCUCAGUGUGCCGGGCUCUUCAGCACCACUGUCCUGGGCGGCUCCUCUAGCGCCCCUAACCUGCAGGACUACGCGCGCGCACACCGCAAAAAAUACUCCAGCGGCAGUCUGUCCUACAAAGACGAGUUGUUGUCUAUGCCGGCAGUAAAACGAUUUUCUGUGUCGUUUGCAAAGCAUCCGACUAAUGGAACACAAGACGACUCGUCCACCGCAGCGGUGGCUCCGCCCCUCUUGUGCAGUGAGACAGAGCCCCCUGAGGACCACCAUGUGGCCCAGUUGUUGAGGCCUUUCUCCGCCGACCCCAGCCUGGGCCGCCACCUCUCUCUGGACGGGGCGCUGGCCCACCACCUCCACCAGUGCUCCUACCACCUCCGCCUCUUCCGAAACUGGCUCAUCUCCGGCCAGGACCCCCUAGAGUACCUCUACGGCUUCGACGGCUGCUCCAUGGUGCCGUCCAUCUACCCUCUGGAGACGCUGCACAACUCGCUGUCGCUGAAGCAGGUCAACGAGUUCCUCACUGGCGUGUGCGAGAGCGCCGGGGACCCGCACACCCGGACGACCAGAGCUCUGUCCGCCAUGUUUGACACGCACAACCAGCCGUCGGUGGACUCGUACAUCCCUCAGAGAGUCCUCACGUCCUCCAUCUCCCUCCGAUCUCGUUCCGACAGACCUCCCUGGUACAGCAGCGGUCCAUCCAGCACCGUGUCCAGCGCCGGUCCGUCGUCUCCCACCACCGCCGACACGUCCCCGCGCUUCAGCUUCAGCGAUAAGAUCUCUCUCACGCCUCAGAGCAGCGAGGAAACUCACGCCUCUCAGAACGCCUCCGCCCCGCCGGCGCCCGCACUCCCGAACCCCUCCGAAGUCCCUCUAACUCCAAACAACUCGCCAGAGGAGGAGGACGACGACGACGUGGUCACCGGUCACCAGCCAGACAUUCGCGGACACACGCAGGAAGUGCCGGAGGCGGCCCCCUACGCCCUGGAUCUGCCGAUAUCCGACCCCGGCCUGAGGCCGGCCUGCUCCGCGUUGGCCGAGCUGGCUCUGAGCCGGAUGGAGGGCUACUGCCUGCCCGGCUCGCUGCCCGUGCUGCUGGAGCUCCGAGAGAGCAGCAGCGAGGCGGGCUCCAGCUCCCAGACGCCCCAGUCUCCCGAGGGACCCGACGAGUUCUUCGACACCCAGGAGUCCAUGGAGCUGUGGAUGGACAGUCCGGAGAGCCUGCCCAGUCCCGAGACGCCCCUGGAGGUCGGCGCCACUCACCCGGGGGAGCCGUGAGGCCGCGAUAAACUACAGCAACUACAAGACUGUGGCGUCAUCCUCGUUGUCAAUCGUGAUCCAACCAGGCCUCCUCCUCCUCGCCCUGGUCCUCACAUUGGGUUCCGUGUUGGAGAAUCAUAUGAUGAUGACGCCACACAUGCUGAGCGUCACCUUUGAACCUAGCACACGUGUGACGCCGCCGAGCCUCCGCCGGCUGCUCCGUCCGUUCGUCUCUAAAGACACUUUGUUGUUACGUCUGAGUCAAACCGCUCUGUUACUCUGUUACUGUUGCACAAGCCCUUUUCCUUAAAAGCUGCAUUAUAAUCAAUAUUUGGCCACUAGGGGGCAGAAACGCAGAGCCACACCAUCCACAUCUGCCAGACUGUGACUUGAUGUUUGUCUCCGUCUGACGAGUGAAGACCCGACAUUUAUUCUCCUUUCGGCUCCGAGGUUCGUCUCCAUGUUCCACUGUGUUUCGUCGUCCGUCGGCCAUUUUGUGAUGUAGCGCCCGGCACGUGUGCUGUAAAGCAGCUAACAGAGGCUAAAAGGCUACAUGGGGUUCUGUUGUGGGGUUUUCACUUUUGAUUUAUUGUGGCCAUAAUCAUAUUGCUUUUACAUUGUUGUACGUUACUGUGCGUUCACACCAAACGCAAGGCAGAUUUUCCUCAUAAUGAGAUUGUUUACAAUGUCGUUGUAAAGUGACGGGUGGUGACGUGAAUAACGUUCGCAGAUUUGGGAAGAUACUCACGGGUUACUCGCGCGAGCAACACGCAAAUGAUCCUGCGGACAAACUCGCGCGAGUAAAAAUGUGCUUUUCCUCCUGUGAACGCAGCGUUGAUCCUCCGCUGCAGUAGUGAAGUUUCAGGGGACAUGGGGACACGUUUCCUGUCACCGGGCGAGGCCACAACUACACGAGUGAAACUCCUACUUCCUGUUCUCCGUAUUUGUUACAGGACGCGGUGACGUAAAAGACACAGGAAGUGACUUCAUGAGUUCAGGGACUUCGUGAUUAUCACCUGCAUCGGUGAUUUAAAAAAACAAACAAAAGCAGCCGACUCUUCACCACUGCCGGUGAGUUAUUGACGUGCGAGUGAAUCUCCAGGUGAAACCGUGUCCACUGCUUCACUGCCAAAGUCCUGACGCCUCAUCGAAGAUUUAAUAUAAUCAGUAGGAAAAAAGAUAAGAGAGAAGAUAUUUAUUUUGAAAUUGCAGCUUGUCGUAAAAGAAAUAUCUGGUCUUUUUUAAAUAACCCACACAUUAGAUAUUUAAUUGUACCAUAGCUAUUGUAUAUUUUUUGUAAAAAAAAAAAUUUAAAAAAUCACAUCAUAAUGUGGAGGGGGGAAAAAUAAAUCUAUAAGCUAAUCUUUAAUUUUACCGGUGAGCGAACAGGACAGGCGUUUUACAUUCAGUGUGCUUUUAUUGUGGCGGGCAAACAUGUAGCAGGUGUGUGUGUGUGAGUGUAUGUAUGUGUGUGUAUAAGGGAGGGGAGUGACACACACUGAUGCUUGAGAAGCAGGCGGGUGAGCACGACGACGUGCAACGUCUGUGUUGAAUUUCGUGGGAUUUCAUUCUGUUACAUUGCUGUGAACUGAGUUGGUGAAGCUCUGAGCUCUUCUGUCCCCUCUGUGCACAGAUUAAAACGAUGACAUUACACACACA